UCGUCACGUGGGUUCGACUGGCCGGUGAGUCUCGAGUCCAGGAAUUUCCCGGUGAAAAACCGUCUCGAGCUGCGCUUCCUUCUGCUUUUCGCUUUCUUCUGAUUUUUUAUCCUCUCGUUUCUACGUUCUACACGACACAACUUGGUUUAUAAGACCUUCAGUGUGUGAUUUAAAGCGUUAGGAACUCGGUACAUAGUUAGAGAGUGGGCCAACAGUUCUUUGUUGGACGGGGCGGGAGAUUUAAACGUUAAACCCGACGGCGUCGUUGUCCCCACCGUACCCCGGAUGCCAUGGCUUCAGGCCCCCAGUAACCCUGCGCCGAGGACCCUGCCGGAAAGUGCCGCUAUGCUGCUCUCCCGGGCCCCGCAAAUCGUCGCGGCGCACGUACAGAACUUCAAGGUGCACGUGGACGGGGGAGACUCGGGGAGGAAGAAGGACGGAGACGGAAGCGGGAACAACAAAGACGCAGGGAGUAACAGUAAGAAGGUGCAGGUGGAGGUGCCAGCCACCAUCGCGGACUCGGAAUCCGGCAAGACAUACAACAGGCUCCGUCUGCUGGGGAGGGGUGGCUUCGCAAAGUGCUAUGAGCUGAGAGACACGUCCACUAACGUGCUGUUUGCGGGGAAGGUCAUCCCCAAGACUCGGGUCGCCAAACCGGCACAGAGAGAAAAGAUUGACCGCGAGGUGGCGCUUCACCGCACGCUGAUACACCGCCAUGUUGUCGCGUUCCACCACAGUUUUGAGGACGAACAGAACAUCUACAUCAUUCUGGAGAACUGCAACAGAAAGUGUUUGGCCAACAUCAUCCGCCACCGCAAGACCCUAACGGAGCCCGAGGUCCGGUAUUACCUGCGCCAGGUGGCCGAGGGUGUGAAGUACCUGCAUGGCCUGGGGAUCGUGCAUCGCGACCUGAAGCUCGGGAACUUCUUCCUGACGGAGAACAUGGACGUGAAGAUCGGAGACUUCGGGCUGGCGACUAACGCCGCGGAGGAGGGCGAGGACAGGAAAAGAACCAUCUGUGGCACGCCGAACUACAUCGCUCCGGAGGUUCUGCAGAAGAAGGGCCACGGGUACGCCGCUGACAUGUGGGCCUUGGGGUGUGCCAUUUACACCAUGCUGGCCGGCAGGCCUCCUUUCGAGACGGCGUCCCUGAAGACCACGUACGCGCGCAUCCUGGAGGGGCAUUACGUCAUGCCUACGCGCCUGGUGACGUCAUCCAAGGCGCUCCUGCGCGCACUGCUCUGUAAGGACCCCCUGCAGAGACUGACCUUAGACGGGGUCACAGAACACGACUUCUUAACCAAGGAGUUCGUCCCGACCCGACUGCCUCACACAGCCUGUACAGUAGAGCCCAGAUUCCCCACCAAACCCGUCACUCCCAAACUGGCGACAACGCAAAGGUGCAACGCCUUCAACAAGAAGACCAAAACACCAUCCUCCACUGUGACGACAACCACAACCCCUAGGCCUGCGGCGAAAGACAAGGAGGCCACCCCUAAAGUGGAGAAGACAGAAAGAGAUGGGACUCGACUGAACAGAGUGGCGGCUGCGUUUUCCAACAUGUCAGUCACACCUAGCAGAGGGCGGACAGCCUCCAACGAUGCUGACGACGACGUAAAAGAACCUCAGAAUGCAGAUGACGGCGAACAGUCUCCUACUGUUACAACACCUAAGUCUGACGCAGGAGUUGACGUCAAGCGCGCCAUCCAAUCAGCAGUCGCCACGUUUGCCGUCCCGGCAUCCCCACGCCCGUUUGACUCCUCUACAACUGUCACUGCAGGAGCUGCUGUGGGGUCCCGCUGUGACCGCUGGGCCACCAGGAAGAUGCUUCAGGCGCUCGCCACCUGUGUCGACAACAUGCCAACUGGAAUAUCGCAGGAUUUCUACAGGCGCCUGGUCAGAGAGGAGGUCAGCCUAGGAGAGUGGCUCUGCAGCGUGUGCCGGGCGACAGGAGAGGUGGCCCAAGAUGAGGAGGAGACGAUGGAUUUGAGCUUGGGGGACGGACUGCCUGGCGGAUCCGGAGCGGAAGAGGAGAUGGAGGCGCCGGAAGAUGAAGCCGAGGUCCCCCGUGAACCCACGAGUCCCAUCCCGAUGCCUCGUGUGGUCCUGGAGGAUUCCAUCGGCGACUUGAGCGUGGAGGAGGACCUUCCUGUCGGAGCAGAGCGCGACGUCACCUUCAGCUUGGUCAAGAAGGGCACGAAGCGAGGUGCAGAUAAGCUGACAGACAGCUUGGGCUUCGCCUACACGGUCAGGAAGAGGAAAGUAACUGUGACAUACUGGGAGUGUGAGAAGCGGCCUAAGGAAGAAGUGUUUUGCGGAUUUCGGGAUAACCAGAGGCCGCCGCAGUGGUCUGGUCCCCGGGGCAAGGUGACGUGGGUGCCGAAGUGGGUAGACUACUCCAACCGGUACGGGUUCGGCUACCAGCUGUCCGAUAACUCUGUAGGGCUGCUCAUGAACGACGCCAGCCUCAUCACACUCUGUCCGGACAAAAGGACGAUGCAGUACUACCCCGCGCAGUCAGGCGGACGCACCGCCAUCUUUACUGCCGCUACUGCGCCUGCGCACCUGACGACAGCGCUGACGCUGUUGGACUACUUCACACGUUACAUGGAGGACAGACUCAUCAAUGGCGGAGACAUGCCCCACAGCAGCGUGGUCUCGCGAGACUUCAAUGUGGAACGUGUGCCUUACGUCACCAGAUGGUUCCGUACCGACCGCGCCAUCGUCAUGCUUCUCAGCUGUAACACCUUACAGAUCAACUUUAUGGAGGACCACGUGAAGGUGAUCCUGACCUGUAGUGACCCCGAGGAUUACGUCAUGACCUACAUCAACCAGCAGCGCAUGAGCAGUACGUACCGCCUGGUGACGCUUGCGCACUCGGGCUGCCCGGCGGAGAUGCGGGAACGGAUGACGUACGCACGCGCCAUGCUCAGGAAGGUCGUCAACAUGGAGAGACUGCUGUAACCAUGGAAACGGGGCGUCGCAUAGCAACAGAGUCUUACAAACAUGUCCAGAAUGACACUUUGUGUUGUCCACAUGGAUGGACUCUUGUAACCAUGGAAACGGAGCGUCACUUAGCAACACUAGUAGACUAUGAUGAUUGUGUCCGGAGAGACAAGGUGUUGUGGAGAGCUUCUUGUAACCAAGGAAACGGGGUGUCGCAUAGCAACAGACUGUUGUAUAAUCAUAUUGUCCGAUCAGAUGAGAGGUUCGACUAGUUUUGAGCGUCGCAAGAGGCGCGAUUUUCCACAUGGUUCUGUAGAACAAGACUUGUGAAAAUGAACCGAUACACACCUAACAUCUGCUUGGAGAUAUCCUACGGUGCAAUGAAAGGAUGAAAAGCAAUGUAUAAAGAUUAACUGCAUUGAGAAAUUUUGUGACAAUGAUGAGGAUAACAUGGCGAAAGGAACAGAUUUAUUUACCAUUCCCACGGAAGUGCAAAAUGUAACGUUUCUCGAAUUGUUGCUAACUGAUACGUCGAAACUGACUAACAUGCAAAUACAAAGUCGCUCUAAGAUGAAUGCACUUUUGACAAUCUGAGCUGCUAGUUCUGUACAGUAUUUUCAAUACAUAGUUGUCGAAACCUUAGAGUAUUAUGCGACCUUAAAAAGUGCCUUCAGAAUAUUAAAAGGACAAUCUACUUGAUAGUGUGUGUUAAGAAGAAAUGACGUGAAAGGAAAUUGGAUAUAACGUCGCGUAAAAUUGUGUUGCAAUAAUGUGAUUUUGACAAUCAGAUCUUGAUGCUGCAAUUUCGAUACGAGUCGCCAGAUGGCGCGACUGAGCUAUUAGAAGCGAAUCCGCCACUUGUGUUGGUCCGUACGUGCAAUGUUGCCACAAUGUUGUCUAACUUAUUUAUUACAGUCUCUAAAGAAUAACGAAAAAAAUAUGGCAGCAAGUACAAGUUCCUGUCCACUUCUUGUGGAAGUUGUUACCUGUUCUUAGCUAUUAUCAAUGCACCUACUCGUGUUUAUAGGUUAAUGAAUGUGAGAAAUAAAAGUUGAUAUU